AUGAGCUCACGCGACGAAACAAAUGGCGGGUCGCCGCCCGAUCACCUCACCUCCUACCUCUCCGCGCCCCCCACGACCGCCGCCUUUUCCCCAGCGACCCUCUCAGCAAGCACGCCGUCGCGAUCAGCCCGGCGCUCGACGAUCCUCGUGCACCAGAAGAGCCCGCUGCUCCUCGCGACCCCGCCACAGAUCACACGCGCUCUCGCCUACUCGCAUCCGUUCGUACUGCCGCUCAACACGUUCCUUGGGCUCAUGACAUGGAGUACCGGCGAUGCCUGGCAAAGCUUCCUCUUGUUGUGCGGCUUCUGGGCGGUCGUGCUGUAUGGCGAUGUCGUCGUGCGAUGGGCGGGGCCGAUUGUCGUGGGCAUGGCGCUCAUCGGCGGCAUGUACGGAAGGAGGUACAGCCCCCUCAGCAGCAGCGGAUGGAACGAGCCAGCUCGCGACCUCAAGGACUCUGUUGCAAAGGCAGCCGCAGCGGCAACGGGGAGCACGCCGUCGGGACCCUCGGCGGACAAUGGUACCCCGGGUCGACAGGGAAAACACCUGCGCGGUAACUCCGAGGUCACCAACACGAAACACCAGAAGACGCUCGACGAGAUUGUGGAGACACUCAAGGAGCUGACGGCGAGGUGCAACGCACUGAUGGAGCCGCUCUUGGAGAUGACGGAUUUCCUGAGCACACAGCGCACGCCCACGAGUGCGACAACAAAGCCGGCCCUGACCGCCAUGUUUGUGCGGCUGCUCAUCGUGACACCCUUCUGGAUCGCGCUGACGGCACCACCGUGGCGGAUCGUGACGACGAGGCGGGUCGUGCUUGUGGCGGGCACGAUCGCCUUGACGUGGCACGCGCGGGUGAUGCGUGUCUCCAGGACGAUACUAUGGCGCAGCGGCAGUGUGCGACGGCUAGCCUCUGCCAUCACGGGCUUACAGUUCCAGGCACCGCAGCUUGGCAAGGACCCAAAGGGGGAGUCGGAACUCACGAAGGAGCUGCGUCGGCCUAGCCAGAUGAAGGUGAAACAUCGGAAAGGGAGGAGCUCGCGGAGCGCCGGCGUCAAGUUCACAUUCAUCAUCUACGAGAAUCAGCGGAGAUGGGUCGGCCUCGGCUGGACAAACAGCCUGUUUGCCUAUGAGAGGCCCGCGUGGUCGGACGAGAACUACAAUGCAGUCCCUCCCAAAGACGAGUUUGAGUUACCGGAUGUCGAGGACGGGGCGAACAUGAGGUGGCGCUGGGCACCCGGCAGCCGGUGGAAGGUGGAUGGCGUGGCUGACGACCAUGGGCCAGUGGACUAUGAUGGGGAAGAGGGGAAGAAUGGAUGGAUCUACUACGACAGCAAGUGGCAGAAUGGCCGUCGAGGCGCGGAUGGCUGGGGUCGAUGGACACGCAGGAGAAAGUGGUAUCGGGACGCCGAACUUGUCGAGGCGGAUGGGCCCGAGAUCCACGAGCAGCCAAGCACGCCCGAGGCCAGGCCCACUGCCGUGCAAACCAACAAAUACUCCACGGCGGGUGAGAAGAUGCUCUCGCCGAUGCGUUCUGAGCCAGCCCUGCCCCUAAUGGACACGACGACGGCGGAGAACCGCCCCAGUACCUCCGACUCGAAAGACUCGCGCGCUGGUGUCGACGACGCCGCGUCGGUGUACAGUACCUCCUCCAAGUCCUGGGCUGGGCUUCCGGGGUUUAGGAAGAAUCGCCCCGGGUCUGUCGAUAGCAAGCGUAGCAGGCGACGUGCCCCGAGUGAUGUGCUGAGCGAGGAGGAGGAGGACCACUUGAGCGGGUUGGGGAUCGAGGUGGAAAUGGAGCUUCAGAAGCAGGGCAAGGACGGCGGGACAUGGGGCAUUGGCGACGAGGCGAGGAUGAACCUCGAGUAA